UGUGGUUGUCAAGGAGGGCGUGACAUUAUUAUGGGAUGUUAGGGUGAAAUGGCGCUCGGCGCGGUAUUUUGAACAAUCAUCUACGUUUCUGUGCAUUUAUGCCGAGAUGUUGCUCCGCCUGUAUCGAACGGCGACGGAGUGUGUGCCUUAAGUCGCUUCGAGUCACCAAAGGCAUUUCAUCGGGGAGAAAAACAAGCCACCAGGGACUGAGACUAGCUGUAGUGUAAACCUGCAGACAUGGAAGUGGUGUCGCCAGAACUGAACAGCCUCCUUCCCGACGAAAUCAUGGACACAGAGGCCAUCGUCAUGGACGACGAACCCCACUCAGAGUCCCCCGCGGCCUCUGGUCAAUCACUGCCUAGUGAGGACACACCAGUCCCGAUGGAAACAGAUGUGCCUGCCGUCCCAGAGAUCGUGAGCCUGUGUUCGGAUGCCCCUCCAACCCAACUGACUCAGGCCCUGACCACCUCCACCCCUACUGACUCCACCCUUUGUAGCACCACCUCUGCCACCCAGCUCCUCCUCACCCCUUCCACCGUCUCCUCCUCCCCCCUCCCCCUGCGACCCGCCACAGCCUCCAACCUCACUUGCGCCACCACCAAGACCACCACCAGCAUUAGCCCGGCCGGUAUCAGUCUCACCUCAGGAGGCUUACAGAAACUCUCUGCCCCCUUCACCCUCUCUGCCAACCACCAGAUAAUCCUCAAUAAAGUGGCCUCUUCCUCGGGUGCAGACACUACCAGGUCCCCGGGAAUCACCACCACCAGCACCCCUCCGGGGGGCCAGAAGUUCAUGGUGACGGCCAUAGGAAAGUCAGGCCAGCCGAUCGUACUUCAGCUGCCCCACACAGGCUCCAAGCCGGGUUCAGGGCAGGUUCUGGGGGAGGCCAAGGCCCACCCGCAGCAUUUCAAGGUGGUGACGAUAGGGGGGAGGACCGACUUGAAACCGGUGAUGGUGAGUCAGGCGGUCAGCUCGGUCAGUCAGGUAUCCAGCCUUCAGGCCCAGCAGCUGAAGACUGUUCAGAUUGCAAAGAAAGCCCAGGUGUCGUCCGCUGGACCUAUCAAGUUCAUCAUCACUAAAGCUGUCAACAGCAAAGGUCUGACCGCCCAGACAUCAGUAUCCAAUGUCAUUACAGGUCGAGUCCUUUCAACGAGCAGCCCAGUGACCCCCCCGCGGACAAUAACCCUCUCGGAGACCCUUAGCUCCACCAGCAAGAUUGCCAUCUCUCCCCUCAAGUCGCCCAGCAAGUUGACAGUGGUGUCGUUGGCCUCGCAGGUUCCCAGCUCCCCUCAGAAGUCGGUUUCCCUGCCGCUCAACAUGGCCCAUCUGGGGCAGCAGAUCCUGGUGCAGCAGUCGACGGCCAGCUCCCCAGCCAAGGUGGUCUGCAGCCAGUCCACCUCACAGCCCAUGAAAUCUAUGCAGGCGGUGACGGUGGGUACCCAGCAGUUUAAGACCAUCUUCCCCCUGUCCACCCCGUCCAACGUGCAGCAGAUCCAGGUGCCGGGCAGCCGCUUUCAUUACGUCCGGCUGGUGACGGCCACCACGGGCAACAGCACGGGCCAGGCAGCCAGCCCCGGCACCAACUCCUCCAUGACCGCCAAGCCCAUGGUGGUCAACACGGCCCAGGUCAGAAUGUCUGUCCCUAUCGUCCCGGCACAGCCCAUGAAGCAGGUGGUGCCCAAGCCCCUGACGUCUGGCCAGGUGGUCACCACCCAGACCCAGCAGCGGUUGAUCAUGCCCGCCACGCCGCUGCCCCAGAUCCAACCCAACCUAACCAACUUACCGCCGGGCACCGUGCUGGCGCCCGCCCCCGGUUCUGGCAACCUGAGCUAUGCUGUGCUGCCCGCACAAUACGUCACCCAGCUCCAACAGUCGGCAUACGUGACUCUGGCUGGCAGCGCCGGGUUCUCCACCCCAACAGGCAUCCAGACUCAGGCCAGACUGCCUCUUAAUGGUGUGUCGACGUCGGACACCGCCUCCAGACCGCGGAAGCCCUGCAACUGCACCAAGUCUCAGUGUCUAAAGCUGUACUGCGACUGCUUCGCCAACGGCGAGUUCUGUCAGAGCUGUAACUGCACCAACUGCUCCAACAACCUGGAACACGAGACGGAACGAGCGAAAGCCAUCAAGGCAUGUCUGGAUCGGAACCCAGAGGCAUUCAAGCCUAAGAUUGGUAAAGGUAAAGAGGGCGAGGCAGACCGCCGACACAGCAAAGGAUGCAACUGUAAACGAUCCGGCUGCCUGAAAAACUAUUGCGAGUGUUACGAGGCCAAGAUCAUGUGUUCAUCGAACUGUAAAUGUGUGGGCUGUAAGAACUUUGAGGAGAGCCCAGAGCGGAAGACUCUGAUGCACCUGGCCGACGCCGCCGAGGUCCGAGUUCAACAACAGACGGCAGCCAAGACCAAGCUGUCGUCCCAGAUCUCAGACCUGUUAACGCGGACCACUCCAGCUAUCACCAGCGGAGGGGGGAGGAUGCCUUACACUUUUGUGACGAAGGAGGUGGCCGAGGCCACGUGUGAGUGCCUGCUGGAGAAGGCGGAGCAGGCCGAGCUCAACCAUCAGCCCCAGGCCGCUGCCGAGAGGAUGGUCCUGGAAGAGUUUGGACGGUGCCUCAUGAGGAUCAUCAGUUCGGCCGGCAAGACAGACUGUCCCUCCAUUAACUGCUAGGCCCGGGCCCGGCGGGCUUCCUCUGUCCGUCUCUCAGCUGGCCCGGAGAGAACCAGUGCUGUUAAACUGAAAGGGAAUGGCGGCCCUCUCUCUCCCCCACGGCUUCCGAGCUAAACAUUGCCGAGCUGUUUCAGUCUCGGGGAGGUCUUUGGGUACUUCGUCUCCAGAGCUAGUUGGUCUCCCUGGAGAGGAUCAGUUGGUGAUGGGGGGCAGACCCAGGGUUCUGUGUCACGCCCCCACACCCUGGACAAAGGACUGUGGGAAGGACGGACUGUCUGUUCCGUGAUCUGCUGGCCAUAUCCGUCUCUUCUCUUCCUCUCUCCCUCCAUCUUUCUAUCUCAAUCCCUGUAAAGAUGGCGUUCGGUAGACAGACGGGUGGAACAGAGGGCGCCAUUAGCUAGCUACACCCAGCACCAACAGACUCGGACAGCCCAGCGCAUGGCUCCCUGCUGGCCCGUCUGCAGUGAUGUGGCGUUGUCAUGACGAAGGGAGCUGGCGCUGCCUCGGCUGCACCUUUCCGGAAAAAACAAGGACUCCGGGAGAGACUCCCUCACCAGAGGUGGUGCAAAACGGGGAGCAGAUGAAGCGGGACCAGGAUUUGGGUUUUAACCAGUUCUUGGUUUCACUGUACUGUUGAACUGACAGUGGGGUUUCACAGGUUUUCUUUUGUGAAGGUUGGGUUGGGUAUCUGGCGUUGUUUUAGACUUACCAUGUACACUUUUUUUGAUAAUCGGUAUUUUUACAGUUAUUGUAAUUAUAUAUUUUCUCACCACCUUGUUUUUUCCCCCCUUCCAUCCUAUCAUGGCUCCGUUUCCAUAUGUCCCUCUCUCUGGUGCGAUAUUAACAUGUUUUAAUCAUUUUUGCUGAUUUUGGAUGCAGAGGAGGAAAGCAUUGUUCAGGUUCAAGCCCAGAGUCUAAUCAUGAUGACUGUCUCUACAGUAAAUAUACUUAUGGUGUCCGCUAUAUUUAUUGGCCUCAACUGAAGUUUAAUUCUGUGCUUGGAGCUUAUCGACACGCUUAACAACAAAAACAAUGCCCCCUUGGAUUUUUAUCACCCGUUAGUAUUCCAUUUGCACCAUAUCAAAUGCAAGUAAUUUGUUUGACUCAAUGGCACUAAAAAUUGUAAAGGUAUGAAAGUUGUCCACUUUUCUACGGAACUGUGAAUAUUUGAAUUUGGCCCAGUUUUAACUUUUUUGUGACUUAAUUUGCCUCUUUUGUAAAGCACAGAGAUUAGUGCCCACACACACACACACACGUUGGUUCACCGUCAGUAGAUUCCUUGCUUGGGUAUCUAAACCAGCCAUACUCUCUCUGUAUGUAUGAAGCACUGCAAAGUUUUUAGUAUUUGCAGAGUUCCUGUAGUCUCCACUGAGCUGGGGAUUGGCCUUGGGAGCUUUGUAUUUUACCACGUCUUCAUGGAUUCCCAGGUAACACAUGAUUUGGCCUCUGUGUCGCACUGAAACUCUUCCCCUUGUGUGCUUCUGGGUAGUGCUUAAAGAAAGGGCGUUAUGUUUUUAAGACCCGUUGGGUAAUUUCCUCCAUUCUGUGUGUAUGUACGUUUGUUGCAUAUCUCUGGGUGUGCGUGUUUAAGUGUGUUUUAAAAAAAAACAAAUGCUGUUCAUUAGUUGUUGUAGCUUUAUUUCCCACAGGAUACCAUGGCCUUAUGUUCCCCACUCUUCUCAGGUCACUGAAGGACUUCAGCUAUGUCGUCUCUCGUGUCCUGCAAUGUUAUUAAGGUACACAUGUUCCAAGACGUCCAAGCAGGCGUUUGUUGACAUAGAUUGCCCGUAUCUAAAAAGAGGCCCUUUGUGUCUUUUUUCCAGGCAUGGGUUGAAGUGUAAGCCCAUGCUAAGCAACAUCACACAUCCUUCUGAAAAUUUGAAGCAUCCCUAUGGACUGUACAUGUUUAUUGUAUGGAUGGACCUUGCUGUAGCAUUACAGGAUUGUUGUGCCACAGCUUCAACAAUAGCUGUGUGAGUUUGAAUGCAUCAUGGAUUCAGUCAUGCAUCCAUAAUGUGAGUACUGGAAAACAUUUCUCUGGAUCCUGUUCAAGUGGGUGUAAUGUUGUACAAUGUUCAGUUGGAAGUGUAUUGUACAGAACCCAUACAAUGGUCUUUCAGGUGGAGAGUGGGAAUUGUCUCCUCUGUUAGUUGUAUUUGCAACAUUUGUCUCAUCGCAUUUAGUAUGCAUUGUCAUCCCACAAAGUGGAACAUUACAAACUGGCUUCCUGAAGAGGAGCUCAGCCAGAACCCUGCUCUGAAAGUGCACAGCUCACUUGCCUCAGUCUGAUUUAGAGGUGAGAAGUUUUUUUUAGAUUGUGUCUGAGAUACAUUUUACAGAAUAAAUGUGGUAAACUACUCGGCGGAGUUGUGCUCUGUUGGAGAUUAGAAACGUAUUGAUCAAAUGUAAACAUUUAAAAAGAAACCUAGCCUUCAAAUAGGAAACCUAACCCACAGCCCUUUAUAGUAAUACAUGUACACUAGAUUAAACGAUGCUACUUUGUACCUUCUCAGAAUCUUUAAAAUAUCAGGCCUUUUCACUGAUUGACUGUACUGAACUGUAUAAAUGUGUAAGGUUUCCUGCUGCCCCUCCAUGUAUCAAAAGACCCUGUUAAACAGCUCUGUAGUACUUCUGUGUUAUGGUUUGUUGAUUGUAUAUUGUAUGUGACCAUUGCUUGUUACUUUCUAGUUUUUAUUUCUUUUCAUAUGUCACCAUUCUUGUAAACAUCUCUGUCCGGAAUUAUUUAUCUUAUGUUAUCCUCAUGACUAUUACAACAGUAUCACACAGAAUUAAAGUACUUUAAUUUUCAGAUUUAAAGAUUUAUAUUCAGUUGAGCGUAUGUAAGAUUUUGUGACUGUAAUGUAAGCGAUCUACAAAACAAAUUAAAUUUAUAUAGUUCUGUACUAAUUUAUUUGUCAUUUGGUGCAAUAUAUUGCAAUCGUAUUUUACAAACCCA